UCUUUUCGCCCAGGUCUCGAAAGAGCUUCCUCGAAAUACUACACAACGCCUAAGCCAGAUGAUGAAAAUGGUAUUUCAGUGGCCUUGAUGAAAUCAGAGCAGCAACAAAGAGAUUCCAUUGCUCAGACUCAGUGCAAAAUGUUGCCCAACCCUGUCGAAAACGAAAAUUCGGGACUAUCACAUACAGGUAGCAGCACUAGUGAUAAUGGUGAUGUCGAUAACGAAUAUUCUAUGGUAUCUAGGAUGAUGUUAGAUACUCGACAAGUGCUAGUGGAAAAUGCAAUGCGAAAAUUCAUAAGAUGGUAUAUGGAAGCAGGUGGAUUCAAACAUCAUCCGAAAGGCCCCAAUACAGAAGGAACAAGUGGAAACAUGGAAAAUCGGUUGUCUUUAACACCACGUAAUUCUCGCAAAGCCGGGAAACGAAAGGCCCCAGAUGAUGGUAGUGAUAAUACUGAUAACGAAGAGACGCCAACAAAGCGGCGCCGACGGAAUGGCCAAGGUAAGCCGUGCCAAACUGGGCACGACCUUCGCCUUGCAUGUCCUUUUUUCAAGAAAGACCCCACUGCCCAUAUGCGUGGCUCUUGUUCCGGGCCAGGUUGGGACACUGUUCACCGAGUAAAGGAACACAUUUAUCGAGCGCAUACUCUACCACUUGUAUGUCCACGAUGCAAAAUCGAUGUGCAGGAUCAUCGGGGAUUAACCGAGCACCUGAAAUCAGUCGAUCAGUGUGAGCUAAAAGACAGCCCUUCUCCAUCCUUCCGGUGGAGUCAAAGCAGCGAUGGGAUCUCCCAAGAUCAAAUUGAAGGACUUCGCAAGCUCUCUCAACGGGGUCAGUCACAACGUGACAAGUGGAGAGGUGUAUACAAGUUCAUUUUCGCCGUUGAAGACGAGUCCCACAUUCCUUCCCCUUUCUAUGACUUCGGGUCUACUUUUACAAGCUCCGAAGAGGUAUACCGAAACCAGUUCGUUACCAUCAUGGAAAAAGAACUCAAAAGAGUUGUGGAAGAGGAGAUUAGAGCUGUGAGCGAAAGGCUCAAUAGUCGGAUCCCGGAACUACUCCGAAACACACAAAGAAUUCUCCAUGGGCAGGAUCCUAAUACCGAUACUUCCCCUGUGUUGAUUUCAAGCCCUACUCAGCAUUUGUUAAGCCCCGCUCAGUCAAACCACGCACACAACCACGCGCUCCCUAAUUCCAUCCAUACUACAUGCCUACACCAGGACGGAACCAUGGAGUCGCCUAGGUUUUCACGAAAUAUCAGCCAACCAAGAGAACCUUCUUCUUCAAAUGAGGAAAAGGAUUCCGGGUACGUUUCUCCAGGAUCACUAAACGAAGCGAGCUCCCAUUACUCAGAGCCAGAUCCUUUCAAUGAGUUAGGGAAUGAAGGGAUGUCAGCUGAUUCUAAUAACGAAAAUCCCGAGUUGAAUCAGGCUGGUGUUGGAUUCAAUAAUGCCUUUGAGGAGAGGCAUUUGCACCAUACUCCGACAAGUUUUGCUCAAGGAGACCCGGACCUAGACAUGACCAACUUCAUUGAUUGGACCCAAGGAUUAAGCAACGGAUUCUUAGACUUGCCGGAGAACCAAGAUUGGUUUUCUUAGCAUUAUGUGGCUAUUUCCGACCUUUAAGGGUCAGUGCCUGGACUUCGCGAGUCCACAUGAACGCGACAUACCUCGAACCUGCGACAACAUGCUCAAGUUAUGCGAAUUCUGUCGUCACAGUCGUUGCUUAGUCACAA